GCCAUCGUCCCGGUGUGUUUGUCCCCACGAUGCGCUGUCCCCGCAAGGCCCUGCCCCAGUCAGGUCCUGUCCCCCACAGUCCUGCGUCCCUGAUGCGCCACAACACUGUCCCCUGCACACCCUGUCCCCACCAUGCUCCGUCCCAGGGACACUUCGUCCCCACGGGACCCUGUCCCCACCAUGCUCCAUCCCCAGCACACCCUGUCCCCAUCCCUGGGACACUUCGUCCUCGCGGGACCCUGUCCCCAUGGUGCUCCACCCCCAGCACACCCUGUCCCCGUGGUGCUCCAUCGCCACCCUGUCCCCGUGGCACCCUGUCCCCACGACGCUCGCUCCCUGCUGCACCCCCCCACCACAACGCUCCGUCCCCAGCUCUGUCCCCAUCUUGUCCCCACGCAGGUCCAUCCCCACACCCUCUGCCCCCGGGACACCGCGCCACGUCCGUCCCCACGGCUCCGCGGUGGGCGCAGGCUCCUGCUCCUCGCCGGUGCCCGCUGGCGGGGGGCGAGCGCUUCUUCCCUCAACCUGCUGCUAUUUUUACUCCCUCUGCGGGAGGAUUCGCUGCUGCGCGGAGCUGCAGCCCCCGCGGCACCGCGGCACGGGCACGGGGACGGGCACGGCACGGGGACGGGCACGGCACGGGGUGCCCACGGUGCCGUCCCGGCGACGAGCGGGGCCAUGUGUGCCACACGUGUGCCUGGAAGGUGCCCCCGUGUUCCGGGCCCGGUGUGGCCCCCCCGUGCCACGCUGCAGGUGCCACCCGCGGGUGACGGUGCGUGGGCGCGGGCGCGGGCGGCGCGUGCCGAUCCCGGGGGGCUGCGGGUGCCGGCGCUGCCGCAGCGCAGGGAGGGGAGGGGGCCCGGCCACCCCCUCACACGGCGUCUUCGUGGGUGGGAGAAGCGGGAACAGCAGCGGGAUGGAGCCCGGGAACCUGUUGCCAUAACGACUCCGGUCCCGGGAUGGGGACGAUGCUCAGAAGCUGGCACGGGAUCACCCGGCACAGGGUGACCGAGGGACCCCUCACUUUGUCCCCAGAGUUUGGUCUCCAUGAGGACACUGGGCUCUGACGGAGCCUGUCCCUGAUUUGUCCCCACCUGAGUGGUCACUGCCACAGGGAUAAGUUUGUCACCAAGAGCUAGGUUUUGUCACCCAGAGCCCGGCUUUGUCACACAGAGCCAAGAUUUGUCACGCAGAUCCAAGAUUUGUCGCCCAGAGCUGGACUUUGUCACCUAGAGCUGGGCUUUGCCACUCAGAGCUGAGAUUUGCCACCCAGAGCCGAGAUUUGCCACCCAGAGCCAAGAUUAGUCACCCAGAGCCGGGCUGUGCCGUGUUUUGCCGAGCUUUGCCGCGUGGUGCCGGGCGGGCGGGAGGCUGGUCCAUGGCUCGGUGCCACUCGGGUAAAUAUUUUGCUGGAGCGGUGGCUGCUGGCCCACGGCCACCCGCAGCCGUUGGAGCACCGGGAGAUCCGGGGGACGGAGCCAGUUCCCAGCUCCCCCUUCCUCGUUCCUGCUCAGAGGCGGCUUCCAUCGACACCGCCCCGGGACAUCCCAGGAGGGGACGAGCCAGCGCUCCGGCUGCUGGCCACCCCGCUGUCCCCCUGCCUGGGGACCCCCUGGCUGUGCCCCUUCAGUGGGGCAGGAGAGGUGCCCUCGGUGUCCCCCGCUCCCUGCCUGGACUGUGCAGCCCUGGUGCCCAGCGUUGCCCUGGGGGAUGAGCCCCCGCUUCCCCCGGGGAACGUUUUUUGUCCCGUGGGGUUUUCUAUGGGGAAAAUCUCCAAAAGCUGGGGAAGAGCCAGGGCAAGUGGGCACAACCCUGGGUGAAGACACAGCCCCCCUACCCCCGACAUCCCAGGGGCUGCAGCUGAGGGUGGGGGGACCCCCAGAACACAGGCGAUGGGAUGUUUUGGGAGUCCCAUGUCCCCACCGAUGUCCCCUGCACAGAUCCCCAGAGUGGUGUCCCCGUCCCCUGUGGCACUGAGUAGCCGGGUGGGGGGAAUUUUGCCGCUGCCCACACAGGGGUGGGAGCGGCUGUCCCCCCGUCCCCUCUCCCCCACCUCUGGGGAGACUCGGGCAUAAAGGACAGGGACACACAUGGAGCCACCUGUCCCUGUCCCAUCCCAACCGGCCACCGCAGGCAAGGUCCCCCAUGGCAGGGAAGGGGUUAAGGACCCCCCAUAGGUUGGCUGAACCCCCUGGGGGGCUCCCCAAGGGCUCAUUACCGCGGCCUCAGCCCCCCUGCCCGGGGAGGGGGGGAUGAAUAAUUCAGCGCCUGGUAGGAAGACGUGUCCUCCCUCCCUCUCCUUCCUCCUCCUCCUCCUCCUCCUCACCGGCUCUGCCUUCCCCACCUCCCGCCACUCUCAUUCCUCGCCGUACCGAGCCCCGGGUGCCACCGAACUCCGCUCGGUACCGGUGCCAGAGACCCCCCCCGGCUCCGGUGACUCCCGGCCAAGGCCAUGGACCCCAAGGAGCGCAAGAAGAUCCAGUUCUCCGUGCCGGCCCCCCCCAGCAACCUGGACCCCCGCGCCGUGGAGAUGCACACGCCGGACCCACAGCCCCCGGGAGGAGCUGGUCUGGGGCUCUCAUGGGGCUGGGGCGCACUGAGGACACCCCGGGGACCCCGUGCCGGGUGGGCUCGUGGCCCUGCACCCACAGGCGCACACACGCUCACACACGUGCAGACACGUGUCCCUGGGGCGCAGGGCAGGGGACAGGGGGACCCGGGGCGUCCCCAGCCGGUGACACCCCGCUGUGCCCCAGAUCCGCCGGCGGAGGCCCACGCCGGCCAUGCUCUUCCAGCUCUCCGAACACUCCUCACCAGAGGACGAGAAUCUGCCCUACCAGCGCUCGGGCGAGGGCUGCCUGCUCAAACCAAAGAGGACCAACCCGUGUGCCUACACCCCGCCCUCGCUCAAAGCGGUGCAGCGCAUCGUGCAGUCCCACCUGGAGAGUGGCAUGGGAGGGGGUGACAGCUCCGACGGGGAGCCCGAUGACGGCUGCGACCCCGACAGUGCCCUCGAGUCUGCCCCGGGGAGCCAGGGCAGAGCCGAGCGCAGCUACUUCCCCGCCGGGCUCAAGGCGCACAAGCGGAAAGGCGGGCAGAAGGUGUCCUUCGCCGGCGGCAUCGACGAGCGCGAGGAGGACCUGAAGUCGCUGACGGUGUCAGAGAUCCCCGAGGACCCCGAGGGAGCGGAGGGUGACGAGGAAGAGCCGGGGCAGGAGCAGGACGGUGGCACCGGGGAGCGGCGACACGUUGGCUUCGCCGAGGUGCCCUCGCGCCCCAUCGGCACCGAGCGCCACUCGCCCACCUUCCCGCUGGGCACCAGUUAGCUGGCACCGGGCACCGGGCACCGGCCCCCCGGCCCCCCCGGCCCCCGCAGCUUCGCCUGUGCCCCCCGGCUGCCCCCCGCCCGCUGCCUGCGCUUCGUCUGCCGUGUGCCAUGUGCCGUGCGCCAUGUGCCGUGUGCCGCGCCAUGCUGGGCCACGCCGGGACACGUCGGGACCCCCGGCCACGGCCGCCCCCUCCCCACGGGCCUCGCUGCCCCCCCGGCUGCCGGCGCAGGAGCCGGGGAUGGGACCCCCGGGCGCUGGUGGGGUCUGGGCCCCCCCUGGCUGCUGCCCCCCGGCCCCAACCGAGCAGAGCCCCCUGCCCGCAAUAAACGGCUGU